AUGUCAGACGCGAAAGUGCCCGAUGCAGAGAAGCCAGCUUCGACUGCAAAUGCAGAAGUUAAAGUCGAUGCAAAAGCUGCGGCGAAACAAAAACCACCCAAUCCUAUGUGGAAAUACCUCGGAUUUGGCGAAAACUUUAGACCUAGAGUCCCUUCCCGCAAUUGGAUGAUAUUCCUUUCCAUCACUGGAUCUUUCACAGCAGCCGUCAUCUACGAUAAGAGAGAAAAGAAGAGAGCGCAGAGGAAAUGGUGUAAACUGGUGGAACACAUUGCGAAAGAACCUCUAGGGGAUUCUCGUACCAUGCCAAGGAAACUUACGGUUUUCCUCGAAGGACCUCCAACUGACGGAUUACGGGUUGCGCAAGAUCAUUUCAAGGAAUAUGUUAAGCCGAUAUUGGUAGCUUCAGGUUUGGAUUGGGAAUUUAUACAGGGGAGGAAAGAGGGUGAUAUUCGAGCGGAAUUGGCGGAGAAGAUUCGUAAUGCAAGAUUACCAUUUGAGGAGAGUAGAGAGGGACAGGAUCCUAUUUUAUCGACAAGGAAGAAUGCUGGAAUUAAGGAGUUUGAUGGGCCAAGAGGUGAUAUAGUACUUGGACGACACACGUGGAAAGAAUACAUCAGGGGUGUACAUGAGGGUUGGUUAGGUCCAUUAACCGAGCCCCCUAAACCUGUGGAAGGAAGCCCAGAAGUAGCAGACACCCCAGCUCCAACCUCGGAAGCCGAAACUCCUGUCGAUUCUAUCCUAGGAAAAACAAUUCACACAAGCACCAACAGCGAUCCCUCUAAACCCGAAGAUGCAUCAUCUACUACCACCCCAAGUCCUGAAGAAAAACCAGCGGAGGAGAAGAAAGAAAAACCAUCACACUUACCCCCCUUCAUCUCAACCUCAGAAUACGCAUCCGCAACUCUCCCUUCAUCUUGCCCCGCAGAACUAGACCCUUCAGCCGCAAUCUCAUUCCCUCACAUCCUCGGUUUUCUCAAUACCCCCACCCGUCUCCGUCGCUUCCUUAAUCGUCGUCAUCUCGCCGAUCAAAUCGGUCGUGACACUGCUGCCAUCAUCCUCGCUACCUAUCGUCCCUAUCACGAUGCUAAUUCCUCGUCCGAAUCUCCAGAAUCAGAACAAGCCACUCUUCUCCAAGAAGAAGAGAAAGAAUGGCAUAAAUCCAUUCGCACUCGUACUCCUACGGAUCCAGAGAGAAUAUGGUUAGAACCCAUUGUUUUGGAUCAGAGAAUCGCAUCUCGAAUGCGUAAAGCUGAAUUGACGGCUGAAGAUGAAGAAAAGGCGAAAAGGAUCGUAGUUAGUGAAGAGGAGGUCGAGGGAUGGAUUAAAGGUGGAUUGAGAAGUCUAGGACGUUCUGGAAUAACUUGGUUUGCAGGUGACAAGGAAAAGAAACCAUGGGAACAGGGAAAUGAGGGAGAGGAAAAUGAAUAA